AUGGUUACGGGUAAAGUUAAUACAAAUAAAAGUAAAAAAAGAAAGAAAGGCUAUUUUGCUGAAUUACAACAGGUUGACUCCAUUGUUAAUAAAGCUACCCUAUUCAUUGUAGAAGCUGCAAAGUCUCUGAAUCAUUUGGAUGAAACUGAAAUCACUCCAUUUGAAUGGCUUGAAAACAACAGUAAUGCUGUCAUAGCUGGAAAAGAAGCAUUGGAGUCAUCUGUAAGUUCAAGUUCUAUUCUGAAGUAUGAGAAUGUGAAUGAUACAGCUGUAAUAAAAUCUACAGAAAAUGAACAAUAUGUUUUGCCUGCACACUCUACAUUUUACUUAUGUGACAUAAAGGAACUGCACUUGAGAGACAAAUGCUUUGACCUCAUUGUUUUAGAUCCACCUUGGGAAAAUAAGUCUGUUCGAAGAAAAAGAGGGUACUCUGUAAUGCCAUGUGAUGCACUUCAGCACCUAUCUCUGAAUGAAAUCUGUAACGAAAAUUGUUUGAUUGUGGUUUGGGUCACCAAUAACAAGAAACAAAUUGCUUUUGUUCAAAAUGAACUUUUCCCAAAAUGGCAUGUUAGUUUCCAUGUAAUAUGGCAUUGGUCCAAAAUUACUCAAAAAGGACAGUCAAUACAUCCUAUUGAAUCUCAUCAUAAGAAACCAUAUGAAAAUAUUUUAAUUGGCAGAGUAAAUGAUGGAGCAUCAUCUACAGUGGCUUUCAAAGAACUAGAAAAUCAUAAAGUUAUUGUCAGUGUGCCAAGCAGCAUACAUUCUCAGAAGCCUCCGCUAAUUGAAAUAUUGCAACCAUACACUCCAGAAAAUCCAAAGUGCCUGGAACUAUUUGCCCGAUAUCUUCUUCCUGGUUGGACAAGUGUGGGGAAUGAGGUAGUUAAACUUCAAAACUUGAGACUAUUUCAUAAAGAAAAAGAAAUCUUGUAAAGUGUUUUUUUUUAAUGCUUAACUGCUGAAAACUUUAUUGUCCCUCAUAGUGUGUUAAGACUUCAUGACAACUACAAGAAGCAUCUACAACAAAGCAUUUAUUUGUUUUGUAUGUACAUUUUGUUUGGUAUGAAUAAAUUAUUAUUAUUUUUUUUAAUAUUUCU